CUGUUCCAAUAUUGCAGGGUGCAGAUGCUGGCAUCAUCAUCACACCGAUCUGAAGAGGCGUCAACAUGCCCGGCUGCGUUCGCGUCCGAUAAUGUGCUCCUCAGUGUGUGUGUGUUGAUCUUUACGAUAUGAAACGGAGGGGAAUCUCUGCUGCUUUUGCAGUGGCCAUAGCGGUCACUUACAUGCUCAGCAAACUUCACAGUUCAUACAGAUGCUUCUCAAAAAGAAGUCAGCGGACGCCCAUGAUGGCCAGUGACCCGAGCGACCCAUACAUCUUCACCACGGCAACGCUGCCCCCUGACUCCCGCUUCCUGCCUCCGCUGGCCAAUGGGCUCCUGGGAUGGAGAGUCUACGCCAGCAUCAUGCACAUGGGUGGGAUUUAUAACGGACAGGGCGGAGACUGUCACCGUGCCGACGUGCCCUGUCCAUUGGCUGUGAAGCUGAGGAUGGACGAGGAGGAAGAGGCAACACACAACUACAGCCUGGACACUCGUACAGGUAUGUUCACACACAUGGCGUGUACGGAGCGUGUGUGUGUGUCCCAGAUGUUCUACGCCCACCGCCUCUACCCCAACCUGCUGGUGAUGGAGGUGCUGAUGGUGCGUCAGGUGACCUCUCAGGAGCCAAUCACGGUGCAGUUUGACAGCUCCUUCCGCCCUCAGAGCAAAGACAUCGUCUUCCAGGAAGGACCUGACUACAGGGGAGCAAAGCAUAUCUUCGGGCAGACCCAGGCCGCUGAGGUCCCUGGGGGCUCCUGUCCCAGUGUGCACCUCAUCUGGACCCCACUGAUGACAUCACUCACCCUGCAACCAGAGCAGAGCCAAUCACGGUGGGGCUUCCUGCUGGCGGUUGCUGGGACCGAGGAGAGCAGCCAAUCAGCUUACGACAUGGGCCUGCAGCUGAUGGCCGACGGUAACCUACGCCCCUCCCACAACCGGGCGUGGGCGGACUUCUGGUUGGGCAGCAGGUUGGAGAUUGCGGGGGAGGAGCCUCUGAGCCGCGCGCUGAUUGGCUGCCUCUUCUACCUGCUCAGUGCCUUCCCCUCACUGAACCAGACCGCUGAGGCCUUCGGGGGGGUCAGUCCAGGGGGGCUGUCCAAUGGGGGACAGGGACAGGACUACUGGGGACACGUGUUCUGGGACCAGGACACAUGGAUGUAUCCCAGCAUUGCCCUAUUCUACCCCUCUCUGGCUCGCACUGUGCUGGAGUACCGUGUGCGGACACUAGAGGGCGCUAGAGCAAAUGCUGAACAACAGGGCUAUAAGGGUGUGAAGUUCCCUUGGGAGAGUGCAACGUCCGGUAGAGAGGUGUGUCCAGAGGACAUUUACGGGGAGCAGGAGAUUCACAUCAACGGAGAUGUCAUCCAGGCCUUCCAGCAUUACUAUUACCUCACACAGGACUUGGACAUGUUCAAAGGGGGGCGUGGCAGUGAGGUGGUGUGGGGCGUGGCUGACUAUUGGGUUUCCCGGGUAACCUGGAGCUCUGAGGACCAAUCAUAUCACAUCAAAGGUGUAAUGCCUCCAGACGAGUAUUACUACAAUGUGGAUGACUCUGUCUUCACAAAACACGUUGACCUAUCGCUGACCUCUACGACAGGUGGUGUGGUGAAGCAGGCAGACGUGGUGUUGCUAGGAUACCCACUGGGUCUUCCCAUGAGUUCCCAGGUCAGACGGAAUGAUCUGGAAGCGUACGAACCCGUCACUGAUCCACGCGGCCCUGCUAUGACCUGGGGCAUGUUUGCGGUUGCAUGGAUGGAGUUAGGAGAGACAGAGAGAGCACAGAAGCUCCUGGAGAAAUGCUACAAAAACAUCCAGGGACCUUUUCAGGUGUGGAGUGAGUCGUCUGAUGGAUCAGGGGCUGUGAACUUUCUCACAGGGAUGGGAGGCUUCCUGCAGGCCGUGCUGUUCGGCUACACCGGCUUCAGGGUCCAGAAGGACUGCCUGUCCUUCUCUCCUGUCCUGACUGGGGCCGUUGCAGAGCUGAGCGUGACCGGGGUCAGUUACCUAGGCAACAAGCUCAACUGGCUGGUGAAGGGGGAGGAAGUGAGCGUGAAGCUGUGGGAAAAACCAGAGCAUGCUGGGAAGGCCUGCGCCCUGGAGGUGGUGCUCAAAGCCUCAGGGACUAGGAUUCCCCUCACACCAGGCCAAACAGUGACCUUCCCUCGAGAGGCGGGAGAACUGAGGAGGCAGGAUUCAGGACAAUCCUGUUGGCCUAUUUAACUAUGCCGAUGUCAGUCACUCAUCAGAGGGACCCAGGACCCACCGGCUGUGUCACCUCACCUCACCCAAUCUUCAGUCUUCAGUUUAUACCUACAAGAUGAUUUAGUCAGAUUUACCACAGAAACACCUUGGCCUUAGAAUGUGAGCACUUUAGCUUCCAGGCUAACAUGCAUACACACACACACACUUGCACUUAUUCAGGAAGCACUGUCUGAAUCUAUGCUGUUUAAAACCAGGGAAUCACGCACACACACAGACAUGCGUGUGCGCGCGCGCACACACACACACACCAGGGAUGUGAUACAUUAAAAUGUAAAGAGGAAAAACAUUCUCAGUGCAUAUCAUUAAUUAAAUAAUAAAUUAAAUAGCCAAUGAGUCCACACAAGAUGCGGUGAUGAUUUGCUAAUGGUCAUUCUGAACUGUUUGGGCGUCUGUAAUCAUGUUGUACUCUUUAUAAUGUCUGUCUAUGUGGGUACCUGUAAUCGUUUCACACUCAUCAGGCCAGAGCACCACUGGAUGUGAUAUGUUAAUGUCAGUCUGUGAGUGUCUGUAAUUGUUAAUAUGUUAAUGGUCAGUCUAUGGGUGUCUGUAAUCGUUAAUAUGUUAAUGGUCAGUCUAUGGGUGUCUGUAAUCGUUGAUAUGUUAAUAGAUGUCAAUGGUCAGUUUGUGUGGGUGUCUGUAAUCGUUUGGUACUCAUCAUCUCACUGGACAUGAUCAGUGGGGUAUACUACGAAGCACGUCAGACAUAUCUAGGCUAUGUAGACAUAUCAAGGCUUCACAAAGCCUUGACUCGGGUAUAUGUUAAGUGAUACGAUAGCAGUUAUGUGA